GCGGACAACCAGUUGAAACAGUUGGAUGCACGCAUUGCUACCUUAGACGCAAGGCCUCCCCAAGCAGCGCCAGGCUGCACGCCAGAUAUGACAGACACAACGAAGCAGCUCAAUGGGCGCAUCGAUCAUGUCGUCAAUCUCAUCGGCGACAUAGGUGUUUUCAAUGGGCCGGACACGAUCAGUAGCACGGUGGCCGCCAUCAAGACGGACAUCACCAAGCUGCAGACGAAACCGGAUGCCACUACGAAGAACUACAAGAUGUCUCACUUCGACAUCAGCAAGUUCGAUGACCACUACAAGAUGGACACUUUGGCAUGGUGGCAACGUUUCUUCACGGAAGCAUCAUGCCGCACUAUCCCGGAUGACUAUCUGAUGAAGGCGUUAUACUUACAACUGAUUGGAAGAGCGCAGGCAUGGAUAAACCAUCUAGCGGCUACCCACACAUGCACCAUCGCCGAACUUCACACGCACAUCACGUGGAAGGAAUUCGAGCAGCUAUGGUUCACCCGGUUCAUGGUCCGCAACGUCGUGAAGGCGGCCAUAAACGAGGUGUACACCUGCUCUCAAGGAAGCCUUGGCUCGCGCGUUCGAAGGAAGACGCAACCCACGCAAGUCACACUCGCGGACGGUCGCACGCAAAAGUCAGUUGACCGAUGCGUUGACGGCGUUCCGGUMUACUUUGCGCCACUUGCGUGCGAGCCGGUGUCUUUCGACAUCCCCGACACCAAGUUCGACAUGAUUCUUGGCAUGUCGUGGUUGCGUAGCGCCGAUCAUCCGGUGAACUUUCAUGACCGAACCGUUCACAUCUGUGAUUGGAACGGAGUGUUAGUCCCAUGUACGGUCGCGACCCCUCACACUUCGAUUGCUUGUCACGUGGUUUCCGUUGCAAGAAUUCGCGACGCCAUUGCUCGGAAUAACGUCGAGGAGAUGGGCCUUGUAUUCUUGCAUGCUCUCCCCUCGCCGGACGGACCAGCCGCGUCACCGCCGGACCCACGCAUUUCUCACCUCUUGGACGAGUAUAGAGACGUCUUCGAGGCUCCCAACCGAACGGCCGGAUCGGCCCAUACGUCUCCGCGUGGAUGUAUCUACCGCAUGAGCGAAGAGGAACUCGAGGUGCUUCGCGCACAACUCGAUGACCUUCUCGACAAGGGCUGGAUUCGCCCUAGUUGCUCGCCAUACGGUGCCCCUGUUCUCUUCGUCCGGAAGAAGAACAAAGAUCUACAGUUAUGCAUCGAUUAUCGGAAACUUAGCGUACAAACCGUAAAGAACGCCGGCCCUCUCCCUCGGAUUGAUGAUCUUCUUGAGCGGUUAGGCGGCGCGACGUACUUCUCGAAGUUGGACUUGAAGUCAGGUUACCACCAGAUCGAAAUCCAGCCUCAAGACCGGUACAAGACCGCGUUCAAGACGCGGUACGGGCAUUUCGAGUGGGUUGUCAUGCCCUUUGGCCUCACCAAUGCCCCCGCGACUUUCCAAGCAGAGAUGACGACUGAGUUUCGCGACUUGCUCGAUCACAGCAUCCUCAUCUACCUUGAUGACAUCUUGGUUUACAGUAGGACGUUGGACGAGCACAUCGUACACCUUCGCGAUGUUCUGGAUCGUUUGCGACUAGCCAAGUACAAAGUGAAUCUCGACAAGUGCGAAUUCGCCAAACAAGAGCUUUAGUACUUGGGUCAUUUUGUCACGCCGAAAGGCAUUCGUCCCUUAGCGGACAAGAUCCAAGCC